AUGUCAUUCCCUACUCCUAAGCGAAAGCGCCAUAUGCCACAACCAAAUUUGAAUCAAGAUAUUAUCACAAAAAUCCUUAAAAGGCUGUCUGUGAAGUCUCUGCUGCAAUUUAGGUGUGUUUCAAAAGCUUGGUGUGAUUUAAUCUCAUCUCCAGAAUUUGUCAAAUUGCACCAGAACAAGCAAUCAUCAUUUCGCAAGUUUAUUACAUAUGACCGCUUGGUCUUAAUCCCUGAAGGUGGUUUCGAAUUGUGGGGUUCUUGUAAUGGGCUCCUUUGCUUUCGUGCUAAACCGUAUAGAUUAAUCAUUUGGAACCCAUCAUCAAAUGGAAACAUCAAGACAAUCCCAGAUGUCUGGCAGUUGGGCAACAUCAACAUUUUUGGAUUUGGGUACGAUGAGUGUAAUGAUGACUAUAAGGUUGUUUAUGCUUAUUGUGAUGGCAAUGGUGAUGAGACUGUAGUCUUGGUUUACACUUUUAAGCAUGGGUCAUGGAAAAGAAGUGAAAGAGGAUUUACCAGUGGGUUUGUUCAUCCAAAAAUUGCUGUGUUUGUGAGUGGUAGUCUCAACUGGUGCAACAACAACUUACAUGAAAGUGAUUGGAAUUGGGAUAUAAUUUCUUUUAACUUAACCACUGAAACUGCCAAACCUAUGGCGUUACCCAGCCAUGAACAUGCGGCCGCUAUUUGUAUAAGUGAAUCAAGAGGAUUGUUUUUUGCAGUUUCCCGGGGUUUCGAGAACACUACAAACAUGGCUAUAUGUAAUGCUAAACUUGGAAUCGCACAUUUUUCUGAAAAUGGGGAUAUUCUAAUGAUGGUUGGACAUCAGCUAAAGCUCCAUAGGUCUAAUGCUAAAGGGGGAAAGAAUUUGAAUAUCCCUUAUGGUCUUGGUUAUAUGGUAACUAGUUACGUGGAGACCCUUGUUUCCCCGGCCAUGAUUGGUCUGUAA